AUGCCAACGAUAUUAGAUACCGAUAUUGGUACAGCCUAUGAUGAUCAUCUAGCAUUAACAUACAUCCUGUCACGUCCAGAUCGCUUUGAUUUAAAACUAACUGUUUGUUCAACAACGAAUACAACUGCACGUGCACAGAUUGUUGCGAAAAUAUUGAGCUCUUUCAAACGCUUCGAUGUUCCUACCAGCAUUGGACGCGCUCCUCAAGAUGCAUAUGCUAUAUUCGAAUAUGAACGGACAGGAGAUUAUUCAUUAGAAAAAGUUCAGAACGACGGUGGAAUUGUUUUUUUCGAUGGUCAACAUGUUCAUUGA